AAACCCAGGGAGAUUCGCGGAUAUAAGACGGACCUAACCCUUCCAGAUCACAGUUCUCGUCAAGCUUCUGACAAACAAGAGAUUGAUGACAAUGAGUUUGAAAAUUGCAUUGCCCUUCCUCUUGGCGGCUCUUAUCGCAAUCCAAGCUGCGGCACAGAAUGUACGGGAUCCGAAAGGAGGCGUGACCUUAGACGUGAGCAGGGCGAAUAAAGAUGGAACCAGGGUCAGGGUGGACGGUAGGCAGGAAAUUUUCCGAACCAACGACGGAAGGACGAGAGGCGAGGCGUACGGACACGCGGAGAGGACCUUCGGCGGAAGAAACGACGGCCAAAAGAGCUCCGGGGGUGGAUUCAGGACUGACCACAGUUGGAGGAAUGGAGAGGCCUCCUUCGACGUGAACAGGAUGAAUCGAGAUGGAACCAAGUUCAGGGUCGACGGUAGGCAGGAAAUCUUCAGGACCAACGACGGAAGGACGAGAGGCGAGGCGUACGGACACGCGGAAAGGACCUACGGUGGAACGUACGACGGAGCCAGAAGCCAAGGAGGUGGAGUUAAGCUAGAGCACAGAUGGAAAUGAAUGUCUAAACAUGUAAUUUCAUAUUUUUCUUGCCAAAAUGAAUCAAUUCAAUCCAACUUAUCAUAAAAAAUAUAAUUUAAAAAAUAACAAAACUUCAUUGAGGCUGGUUUCAGGAUCAAAUAUGUGAAAGACAGUUUAUUCUUACAUUCUUACUAUACAUUUUUUAAAUAUAUUAUUU